AUGGCUAGCAACAGAAUCGCCUCGUUCGGCUCCAACGAUAGCGGCUACGAAAGUGGUAUCGUGGAGGUCUUUGAAGAACCUUCUUGCCCGGCCCUCAAAACCCCAGACCAUGCGAAAGAGAUGGCAAGGCACAGACAACACCUCAUGGCUUCCGAGCUCUCGAGGAGGGACGCCGAGGACUAUCAGCAGGACAUGCUUGAGCACAUGUUGAAGAUGGACAUUGAAACAAUGCCCGAUGUCGAUGCCAUCGAUAUUCAGACCGAAAUCCAGUGGUUCAUGAGACCGUAUCUGCUCGAUUUCCUGGUCGAAGCUCACUCGGCAUUUCAGCUCUUGCCCGAGACUUUGUUCCUCACGAUCAACCUUCUCGACCGCUACUGCUCCAAGAGAGUCGUCUACAAGCGUCACUACCAACUUGUCGGGUGCGCUGCCCUCCUCAUUGCCGCAAAGUAUGGGGACAAGAAAGAGAAGGUUCCAACAAUCAAGGAGUUGAAGUCCAUGUGCUGUUCUCUCUACGAUGAUGACAUGUUCCUGCAAAUGGAAUGGCAUGUUCUAUCGACUCUCGGCUGGGCUAUCGGCCAUCCCACCGUUGAUUCGUUCAUGCGUCUGGCCGUCAAGGACAACAUCUACGAUCCGGAGGCGGAGAAUCUGACGCUCUUCAUUCUUGAGAUUGCUCUGUACCAUCGAGAGUUCGUGUCCAAGCAAGCAUCGACCCUCGCUCUGUCGGCUCUCGCCCUUGCCCGACAUAUCCUCGGCCGACCACAGUCACGCGCAGUCGAGUUUGGCUCCCGCUAUUGCAGCACCACCGUUAUGGAAUUGUUGCAGAAGGUGCAAGAACCUUCAGAAAUCCUGUCCCGGAAAUAUGCAUCGGUUCGCUACUCAGGCGUUUCUCGAGUCUUGACCGCAUACCUUGCUCAGAAGGCUGCCAUGUCUGCCUCAGCUCGCACGCCAAUCACUCCGACUUACGAGCUCACUCCACCUUCAGCUGCUGCUGCUGCUAAGUCUGCCGGACCGGAGUAUUUCAGAUCGUAUGCUACGCCUCAGAAGCCUCAGUUCCCCACGAUGGUCCAGCAUGGUUUGUACACGCCCCCCAUCACUCCUGAAGGAGAGAUGUUCGGAGUCACUCAAAAGACCUUCAACGCACCCAAUCAAUACGUCCCUCCCACCCCAACUCCCAACACAGUGAGCCAUCAAUAUUCCUCACAAUAUCCAGCCUCAAUUCAGCAAUGGAGCGGUGAAAGCUACUAA